AUGGGUCCUCCUGCUGAUAAAAAUCUUGAAACUAAAGAGGUCGAUCUGAGAAGUAUGUCAUCUUCUUCACAUGGUCAGGCACCACAAGUCUACAAAGUGGCGGUUCCUCCAAGACAGAACCUGUUCAAGGAAUUCCAAGCCACCAUAAAAGAAACAUUCUUUGCUGAUGAUCCUCUAAGACCCUUCAAAGAUCAAACUAAAUCAAGGAAGCUUGUCCUUGGUAUUGAGGCCAUAUUCCCCAUACUUAAGUGGGGAAGAAGUUACAAUCUUAAAAAAUUUAGAGGGGAUUUAAUAUCUGGUCUCACUAUUGCGAGUCUUUGCAUCCCUCAGGAUAUUGCAUACGCCAAGCUUGCAAAUUUGGAUCCACAGUAUGGACUGUACUCAAGUUUUGUUCCACCACUGAUUUAUGCUGUCAUGGGUAGCUCUCGUGAUAUUGCUAUAGGACCAGUAGCAGUGGUUUCUCUCUUGUUGGGGACCUUACUUAGUCAUGAAAUUGAUCCUAAGGAAAAUGCGGCAGAAUAUCGGCGACUUGCUUUUACGGCCACUUUUUUUGCUGGAAUUACUCAAGCAACGCUUGGUGUUCUUAGGUUAGGAUUUUUGAUUGACUUCCUAUCCCAUGCUGCUAUCGUCGGUUUUAUGGGGGGUGCUGCCAUCACAAUUUCCCUUCAACAGCUGAAGGGUUUCCUUGGCAUUAAAACUCAACAUUUCACAAAGAAAACUGAUAUUAUCUCCGUGCUGCAUUCAGUAUUCAAUACAGCACAUCAUGGAUGGAACUGGCAAACUAUAGUUAUUGGAGCUAGCUUUUUGGGUUUUCUUCUGGUCGCCAAAUACAUAGGAAAGAAAAACAAUAGAUUAUUCUGGGUGCCAGCAAUUGCUCCGUUGAUAUCCGUUAUUUUGUCCACUUUUUUUGUAUUCAUAACCCGUGCAGAUAAGCAAGGAGUAGAAAUUGUGAGAAAAAUAGAAAAAGGAAUCAAUCCUUCAUCUGUUAAAGAUCUUUAUUUGACCGGAGAAAACCUUGCAAAAGGUUUUAAAAUUGGCAUCGUGGCAGGCAUGAUAGCAUUGACUGAAGCCACAGCAAUUGGAAGAACAUUUGCAUCUAUCAAGGACUAUCAACUGGAUGGAAACAAAGAAAUGGUUGCACUAGGAGCAAUGAAUGUUGUUGGUUCGAUGACUUCCUGUUAUGUGGCAACCGGUUCGUUCUCUCGGUCAGCUGUAAAUUUCAUGGCUGGCUGCCAAACUGCAGUCUCUAACAUUGUGAUGUCAGUAGUUGUGUUCUUAACCCUGGAAUUCAUGACUCGCCUUUUUAAGUACACUCCAAAUGCGAUUCUUUCUGCCAUCAUCAUUUCUGCUGUUAUCAACCUUAUAGACCUUGAGGCAGCAAUUUUGAUUUGGAAGAUAGAUAAAUUUGACUUUGUUGCUUGCAUGGGUGCAUUCUUUGGUGUUGUUUUUGUCUCGGUUGAGAUAGGACUUCUAAUUGCUGUCUCUAUAUCCUUUGCAAAGAUCCUACUACAAGUGACAAGGCCCCGAACUGCGAUUCUAGGGAAGAUUCCUAGAACAACUGUCUAUAGAAACAUCCAACAAUAUCCAGAAGCUAGUAAGGUUCCAGGUGUACUGAUUGUCAGAGUUGAUUCUGCAAUAUAUUUUUCCAACUCUAAUUAUGUUAAAGAAAGGACAUUAAGAUGGCUGAUGGAUGAAGAAGAAAAAGUGAAAGGAGAGUACCGCACAAAAAUCCAGUUUUUGAUUGUUGAAAUGUCACCCGUUACUGACAUCGACACAAGUGGCAUCCAAGCCUUUGAAGAGUUACACAGAAGUCUUGAAAAGAGAGGAGUUGAGCUUGUUCUGGCAAAUCCUGGUACAGCAGUGAUAGACAAGCUUUACGCAUCCAAUUUUGCAAACACAAUUGGCGAGGACAAGAUCUUCCUCACUGUUGCAGAGGCUGUUGCAUAUUGUUCUCCAAAGGUAGUUGUGGACCCUUGA